AUGUCUUCUUACUACUUCAACUCAACUAAUAUCACAACAGCUUUAAUAAACCAAACAGUAGAUGGUGCCUCAUUAUCCCUUUAUGCUGGGAUGACCCCAAAUUUUAGAUUUAAUACAUGUAUGGUCGUUAUUUGGGGGAUCCUUUUGGCAGCACAUAUAAUUCAGCUCAUUUAUAAGCAAUAUUGGUUUUCUAUUGCAUUUAUAUGUACAGGAAUUUUAGAAAUUCUAGGAUAUAUUGGGAGAACCUGGUCUCAUCAUGAUACAACAUUAAUGGAUCCAUUCCUUUUAAAUAUGAUCUGUCUUACUAUUGCACCUGUUUUCACUAUGGGUGGGUUAUAUUACCAAAUGGCAAAACUGGUGGAAAUUUACGGUCAUAAAUUUUCAAUAAUCAAAUCUCCUAUGCUUUAUUCAUAUAUUUUUAUAGCUUCAGAUAUUAUAUCUCUGGCCAUCCAGGCUGCUGGUGGUGGUACUGCUGGUAUGGCAGUGACUGAUGGGACUUCUACACAUCAGGGUGAUAGUAUUUUUGUGGCGGGGUUAGCUGUUCAAGUGGCCUCCAUGGUAAUAUUUCUUAUAUUAUGGUUUUAUUUUUUACACGCUGCAUUUAUAGGAACAAGAUUAAAACAUUUGAAUCAAAAUCCAAGAAAACUUUACUCAAGGAGUAUUUGGACCUUGACUCAACAAGAUAUUGAUUAUAUGUAUGUGAAAAGAUAUCACAAUUUAAGAUUGGAACCAGAUAGAUGGCAAUUCCGUUACUUCACACUUGCAAUGAGUUUCGCAGUCUUAACUAUCUUUACACGUUGUGUUUAUCGUCUUUGUGAAUUGGCGGAAGGCUGGUCAGGGUACUUGAUCACACAUGAAUGGUAUUUCAUUAUUUUAGAUGCAUUAAUGAUUGCACUUGCUACUGUGACAAUGACUAUUUUCCAUCCUGGGUAUGCGUUUUUAGGAAGAACUACAUCCAUUCCAAUCGGAACGGAAAAAGGAAGAGCAAGUAGAAAGAGAAAUUCUAAGUGGUUCAAUUUUAAGAGAAAUAAAAAGAGUAAUAAUAGCGAUGUUGUAGACGGCUAUGACUUAGAGAUUGGCGAUUUUGAAUCUAGCAGUGGGACUGAUGAAGACAAUACUAUUGAAGAUGAGAAACGUUACAGUGUCCCAAAGGUGAAUGAUGAGUCAAAUAGAAAGUCUAGAAAAAAUAAAUGGGUAUUUUGGUAA